UUUGCGUUUUCAAACUUCCUGAUUCUUCGAAACAUUUGAAUGUUAAAACAUACAGAUGUGUGGUUAAUAAAAAUAUUGUUCAACAGUCAUGGUUUUAGUAAACAUCAUAGUGAACUUUGUGAUAAUAUUAGUGCAUAUGAUAUCUUCAGUUGCUGAAGCUCAGGUGGUCAUGUUGUCUCCGACCUCUCCCACCGUAACAGAGUACAGUCCUCUAACACUGACAUGUGGGACAGCGUUCACUGGCGCCGAGAAUGUAACAUGGAGUAAGCGGCUAAAAAACAGCUAUUUUUUUAACAUUGGAAUCAUCAACAUCACAUUGGGCGCCUGUUCUCCUUAUUCCCCUUCUUUGGAACCUAACUCCACACUAUACAACUACACCUGUCCGGCUCAAAACAAUCUCACAUUAACAAUAAGGAACGUUUCUAGAACGGAAAACGGACACGGAUGGAAAUGCACUGUUGACAGAAACGGAAGGGAAGAAAUCAGUCAGGAAGAAACUGUUUCAGUGCAAGUUGGCAUUUCCGGCGUGACAUUGUCCCCAAGCACCGACCCUAUCAACGUGAUAGAGAAUAACAACACGACAUUGCAGUGCAAUACAUCGGGCGGGUUACCGGCUGCCUCGGUUCGAUGGUACAUCGUAAGGUCGGGACAGGUGCAAGACGUCACGUCACUCUCCAUGAACACGUACCAAGAGGAGGACAAUCUCAAUGUGACGCGAAGCACACUUACAUUCACGCCGUUCAAAUCUGACCAGAAUGGCUCAGUAUACUGCUCAGCAAGCAAUGUUGGAGUGGAGUGGAAUUCAUCAAAUCCGUCUAUAAAUGUAUUAUUUCCCCCUGCUGUGCCAACCAUAGAGAUUGGCGGUAACGAGGUCACAGGAACGGUCAAGGUCAUUGAGGAAAACAGCAAGGCAUUCAACUGCACCACAGAGAGUAAUCCGACCAGUAACUACAGCUGGUCGUUCCCGGGAGGAUCUAGUUCUAAUAAAAUCUUACAAGUAGAGAACUUCUUGACAGGGUCCUUUGACGGCAAUUACACGUGCUUUGUUCUGAACCAAAUGGAACCAUCUUCUGGAAACUCAAUGACAAAUAUGUCCUGGGCAACAAUAUCAGUCGAUGUUUUGUAUCCACCUCGUCUACCAUCAUUCAAAUACGGAAAUACCACAGGCCCAAUCAUUACUGAUAACACUAUAGCAAUUGUCCUUGGAGACGGAGCGUCAGUGACAUGUGAGGCCGACGCCAACCCGACCCCCAAUACUUACACUUGGACAGAGCCACAGACAAACAGCCAGCUACUAUCCCUCAACAGCUUCAAAGUUAACACCACAGUUCAGUGCACGGCGAACAACAUUAUGACGGAAACAAACAGGAGUCCUAUUAAAGGAAGCAAUAGUUCCUUUUUGCAAAUAAAUGUUUGGCGCCCUCCGAUUGGUGUAACAUUUCAAUACCAUUAUAGUGUUACUGGAUCAAUGAAAAUAGCAGUCAAACUGAAGAUACUAGCCGGCCAGGCCUUCUGGUUGUCUUGCACGGCGGAUAGUUCUCCUCCAUCUACGUACACAUGGUCAGGCCACCCUUCCUCAAGAGAGGGAAUCUGGAAUGUAACAGGAGGUCUAAAUGCAAGUCAGUCCGUGUCUUGUUUUGCUGAAAACUACAUGCCGACGACGUACAACGGCCCGGUGCGCGGGAACACGUCAUCUGAUCUUUACAUCGACGUAUUGUAUGGCCCGAAAGCGAGGUAUUUGCAGAACGUUACUAAAGUCCGCGGGGCAAAACUUGUUUACCAGUGCUUGUACACACCGGGAAACCCUUCAAAUGUUGACUUUGAGUGGACGAAAUCCGGAACAGAUGCAUCCUGGGUCACACAGUAUACACAGUACUUGAUCAUUCCGUCCGUGAAGCCAACUGACGAGGCCAGGUACACGUGCAACGUGUCCAGCAUUCUCCUGCCAACGUUGGAAUCAGCGAAGAACACGCAGUAUGAUACUGCAACAUUUUAUCUGGAUGUUCUUUAUGGGCCGGAAAAUUUGGUGUUAAAACUCAAUAACGUUUCAUUUGCAACCGUAGAAAUUGAUGAACAUUCAUCAAACCACAUGGAAUGUUUGCUAGAAAGUGAUCCCAGCUCGGAAAUGGCACUUACAAAAGACGGUAAAACAAUAGUUAAAAGAUCUGGAGUACAUCAACUCGUACAUGGACUACAGGCUGCAUGUUCAGACGCUGGAGUGUAUACUUGUUCAGGAUACAACCAGUAUGGAGUGGGGGAUAACGCGUCAAUGCACCUAUUUGUAAAAUGUUCGGCAAGGCGACCACCGGGAGUGGAUGUUCAGCUUAAUAUUACCGCACGCCAGCAUGUGAAUGCAACUCUAGCCUACACAGUUGUCGCCUACCCUGUGCCACACUUUGCCUGGAAGCGGUGUACGACUGGCAUGUCUUGUGAACCUUUGCCGAAUGAUAUGAACAAAUUUAUAAUUGAUACAAAAGGUCUAUCAAGUUACUUAACGGUGCUGGACGUUCAGAUCGAGGACUACAGAAUGUACCAAUUGUCUGUGUCGAACGGAGUUGGUGAUCCACUAGUCGAAUGGUUACACCUUAAUCCAACUGGAAAACCUGAUUUGCCAACGGACUUCCGCGCCAUUGAAGACACUAUAGGGGAGAGAACUGCUACUUUGACUUGGGUACCAGGAUUUGACAAUGGAUCUCCUCAGAAAUUUCAUAUUUCCUACAGAAAACUGGUUGAUGUAUAUGCUUAUUUUACACGAAUCGUAAAACAUGACAACACACAAGUGAUGUUUUACACAGUAGAUAAUUUAGUUCCUGGAACAGAGUACUAUGUUUCUAUCUAUGCGACGAACAAGGAGGGCACUACUGCAUCGAUGAACGAUACGUUCCAAACUCUUACAGCCGAACCUGGUACAAAUACUGGCCUUGCUGUUGGAGGUGCGAUUGGCGGAACUGUCGGAGCGAUUGUGAUCAUUGUUGUCUUCGUUCUCAUUCUCAGACGGAAAUACUCACUUAACUGUGCUGCUGCUGCUGCUGAUAGAAAACCGGAAUCCGGUACAGACAACCUCACAUAUGCCGCUCCAGAGGCGUACGAGGACGUGUCUUUGCCAACGAAUGCAUCGACUUACGAUGCUCUUAAAACUGGAAACAAUGGGCCUGACGAAUCGCACAUUUACACGGCGUUGGAUAAGAAGAGUUCAAAGUCACAAAGGCACUACGAAAAUGUCAAGAAAAGAGAUCCAGUUUACAACAAUAUUGUCCGGGGAAAACUGAUGCAAACCCACUGUUAAGCAGAUAACUGCAACUUUAAACAUGACAACCAGCCGCCGUGUGAUGAUGGGAAGACUUUCAAUUUUAUAAUGUCAUUUAUUUCCCAGUGAAAACAUUAUACGUUUAUAACAAUUCAAAUUAUGUAUAUUUCAAUUCACUACAGCUUUUGAUCCACUCAUAUAUCGAUACAAAAAGGGACAAUAUCAUGAGAAUUUCUGCAUUCAUAUAAUCAUUAUACCCAACCUUCAUAUAUUAAAAGUUGGGUAUAAUGAUUGUAUCCACAUUCAAAACAGUUGAUUUCAUGAAUUUAGGAGAAAUUCUGAGAAUACCUAGAAGGGGACCUGGUAUAUCAAUACGAGAAAUAUCAAGGAUAGUUUUAUUGUUAAAAAAUAAAUUGUUUCUUUACAACCUACUAAUUUCUGUGUAUUCUAGUGCAUAAAUAUGGUAUACAGACAGUGUGACAUUGAAUUUCUAUAGGAUGCAGGGUAAAACGAUUAUAAUUAUCCUUUUACGUCUAGCAAAGGCUGUUAUACCUUUUGAAACUCUUGAAGUCGGAGGUAUAUGUUGACAAAGAAACCAAGUGGAAUAACUAUGUUUGGUCUAUAUACACAAAAUGUUCAAAUCACUAUUAUUAAACUACGUAAUAUGUUUCCAAAUAGUACAAGUGUUCGUCAAAACAAUUUUCACAAAGUGUGAGGAAAUUAUAUAAAUAUCAUUUCGCAGCAUGUGUGACAUUGAUAUUGUCAACCCGAGAGCAUUCUGUUUUGAGGGUUGACAGUAUCAAUGUCACACAUGCUGCCAUAUGAUUUUUUAUUAUACCUAACAAAAUUAAGUACAUACAGAAGUUUCAAACUGUUUUUAAUUCAUUUAUCUCAACAUUUUAACUUGCUGACAGUUCCUGUCGUCUGAUGUUUUUGUGUACACAUUGAAUAGUGACGUCACUGCUGUAUGUGUAUAAGGGAGGCAAUAACGUCAUGAUUUAGCCAAAAUAUUGAAGCAGUUAUGUAUCAUUAAGAUAAUUAUAUACAAUAGCUAUAUGUGCGAAAAGUAAGCACCGUAUCACAAUAUCACCGCAGUGCUAGCACCGUUUCAACAUCCAACAGUACAAUAAGAGUAUUGUUCUCGAGGUAUCAUGUACGAUUUGUUCUCGCAGAAACAAGCAAGGGGACCAUAGGGACUUAUGUCACUGUGUAGCCGAGACCUGGCCCUAAGUGAUGGCACAUAUGAAUACCCGAGGAUUUUAAGCUAUACGGGAUAGGAACAUUAACUCGAAUCCCAAUGCCAAUUUGCCUUAUUUUCUGACACUAUUAUGGUACGUAUGCCUUAACAACGAACAAGGGGUGGUAUGGCGAUGCGUUGCUACGGUGCUAACUUCACGCACGUCAAUAGCUUAUUGAAAAUGAUAAUAAAGUCAAUAAAGAAAUAAGUACUGACGGAGAAGUGCAUUAUAUCACAUUUCUCUUUCUAAAAUGAUCAACCACAUACUUCGGGAAUUAACAUAAUUUUAUGAAUUUAAUAUUGUUAUAAACAGGCUUUAUAUGCAACAUUUCUUUCCUUUUGAAAUCAAUUGGAUAUCGAUGUAAAAGUCUUUCAAUAUCGAAAUAAAUACAUUCAAGUACAUGAAACCACUGCCAUUUAAUCACAAAGUUCACAUUUUCUUUCAUUUAGCUUUAUUUUAUAGACUGGGACUUUAAAACUAUAGGAUCUUUUAUUUAUAUGCUAAAGCAGUUAAAACAUGAUAUUAUUAAAGUUAUAAUAUGACUUUGGAGAUAUGUCUCGAGAUGUCCAGUUGUACUCAAUACAAUACAAUUUGUUUAUUCUGACCAUUAUAUUUCUGGUAAUAGUUUAGCAUACAAUCAUUUUAAUUUUAUUUUAUAUACCAUAAAUGCUUAUUUUUGAUUAUAAAUACCAUUAUUCUUGUUAUAAUUACUUUGUAUUUAUAUAUAUGCUCAUGUUUUAAUUAUCAUUCAGAAUUUCCUUUAUUCCUCCAAAGCUUAAGUCACACUAAACUCAUAAAUGAAAACAUUAAAACUUAUGUUUAUUAAUGUUAGUAUUACAACAACUGAAAAUUGUAUGUCCAAAAGGGUAGAAUAUAGGUAUCCGAUCGGCUGUCCGUCCAUAUGUCCUUCUCCACGGUUUCCGAUCAAUAUUUGAAGAUAUUCGCCUGCACCAGUGGGUACUUAACUUUUUAUUCACCUGAAUUAUACUAUCUGAACUUUCAUACGGCUAAUGUAUUGAAACCUUUUUCAAAUUUACUUUCAUAAUUGAAAUUUUAUCAAUGCGGCUUAGUGACUCGAUUCGAGUGAAUUUAUUUCUCUCACCUGUUUGUAUAAGAGCCUUUGUAUCAUGACUAGCUAAUACUUUAAUCGAUCACUAAUACAUAUAUUUACGUUACUUAAACUAAAACAUUAACUUCAAAAUUAUAAUGUAUUGAAACCUUUUUCAAAUUUACUUUCAUAAUUGAAAUUUUAUCAAUGCUGCUUCUUAAACAGAAAUGAUUGUUAAACAACGCAACAUAUUGUUUCUUCAUGAUUGAUCAAUUUAAGCUAUUUUAAGAAGGUUUAAAGUUCAAUGUAAAUGAAAAAAUGAUGUAUUUACAUGAAUGUGUUUACUGUUAAUAUGAUACAUGUACAUUACAUAUUGGCAUAUUAUUGCAUAAACUAUGAUUAAUGUACUUAAUUUUCGUAGUCACUUUAAACUACUUUAAUUAUUGUGUCUUCCUAAACUUAUAUAAUUAAAUGAUAAAGUUAUUUGAUUUGUUAAAUAUUUGCCAUGUUUGAAUUAGACUGGAAUCCAGUUUGAAAAAGUGUGUUUCUCUAAAAUGUGUACACAGAGUCUGUAAAAUGUCAAAAAUUAGUAUUGAAAUUCAGCCAGCAAGGCAAUGAUAUAUGCCUCUUGUUCAUAUACAUGCUUUAGAGCAAUACUCAAUUGCAAUACAUAAUUGUCUGUACAUGAAUUUUCUUUCUUAAAAUCUUGUCAUGUACUACUAUGAAAUGUCAUUGAUAUUCUUAGACAUUCUUAUUUUUCCUUUUUACAUUAUAUACUUGACUACGCUUCCAACAUCCAAUUAUAUUUUUCGUCUGUUUAUUUGUACUUCAGCCAUUUGACUUUUUUAUAUUUUUGUCAAAUGUCCUAAUACAUCUAGAUUUAUGAACAUAGACAACUUUCUUCGUAUAUGGUACAAUAUCAGAUAUACUAUGUCCUCCAUACUCACUUUCAUACGAUUAAUCAUAUACAUGCUCAUUGCGUUCUUUAUACUCUCUCCUUCUUUCAUUGUCAAUGUAGUAAUUGUGUGGUUCUGAAAAUAAUUUGGUCGUACAUUGUUUGUUACAUUGUGUCGUCGAUUGUACUAGCAUUUCUUAUUUUUAUGCCCUCCCCCCUUCGAAGAAGAGGGGUAUAUUGCUUUGCACAGGCAUGUCGGUAUGUCGGUCGGUCGGUCCGUCGGUAGACCAAAGCUUGUCCGAUAACUGAACAAUUCCUGAACGUAUGGUCAUCAAACUUCACAUGAAGGUUGGACCUGACCAGUAGAUGACCCCUAUUGAUUUGGGGGGUCAAAGGUCAAGGUCACAGUGACCUUUAAAGCGAACUCGACAAUUCCUGGACCUAUGGUCAUCAAACUUGACAUGAAGGUUGGGCCUGCCCAGUAGAUGACCCCUAUCGACUUUGGGGGUCAUCAGGCCAAGGUCAAUGUCACAGUAACCUUUAACGCAAAAAAGUUAACAAAUCUUCUCCCACUGAUAUCUCAAAAUGCCUGAACUUAUGAUCAUUAAACUUGACUUGGAUGUUAAGCCUGACCAGUAGAUCACCCUUAUUGAUUUAAGGAUUCAUAGAGCCAAAGGUCAAGGUCUAGGUGAUCUUGAAUGGUAAAAGGUUGUCCGAGUGAUAACUCAACAAUGCCUGAACCCAUGGCCUUUAAACUUGACUUGGAGUUGCAUCUGACUUGUAGAUGACCCCUUAUGAUUUAAGGGGUCAUUGGGUCAAAGGUCAAGGUCACAGUGACCUUGAACGAAAAAAACUUGUCUGUGUGAUAACUUGACAAUGCCUGCACCCAUGGCCCUCGAACUUGACAUUUAGGUUUUUGGUGACCAGCUGAUGACUCUGGAUUUUGAGUUCAUAGAGUCAAAAGUCAUUGUCAUAACACACUCUAUCCUCACACUUUAAUGGUUAUAAUCUUAAAACUGCCUUAACGGCAACAAAUCAGCUGUCAUUUCAGUCCAUGCAUAUUUCAUUCAAUUGUCCAUAUAAUCCUGACAAUAUGGCGCUCAGGGGGGUGGCAUAAUGUUUGACAAACAUCUCUUGUUAUAAUUUCAAUUACAUGAAUUGGCAAACAAAUAUUAACGUCGGCCAAAAUGUAAAAUAUAGGUACAACAGCCGUUUCCAUCUUACUGUGUAUCUUUUGUUCCUACUGGGCUUAGCGAGCGACGCAGGUGAUGUUUACUCUUCAGAUUUCAAUCUGAAUACUUUAGUUGAUAGUUCGGGGAGUAAAAUCAACCCCUUAUCAUAACAGUUAGCCAUUGAACAAUGCAUCUCAUAUCCAACACACUUAACAGAAAAACCGUCCACAAUUAUCGAUCUCUUAUUUGUUGCUAACUCAGACACCUUGGUCCAUAGUGGAGUUGGAGAGCCAUUUCUAGAACAAAACAUUCGUAUUCAUUGCCCAAUGUUUUGAAAUUUUAUAUAAAAUAAACCGGUAAAGAAGGUCACUCGUCGUAGAAAAUGGAAAUCUGACAAUGGGAACUAUACGCAACUUUGCCAAAAGCUUUCGAACACUGUGUGAUUAUUCACUAAUUAAUAAUACAAAUAUUGAUUUGUUCACUGCUAAUUUUACUAAAUCAAUUAAAUAACUAUUAAUCCUUCUUGGAUGAAUAGUGACAUUAAAAUAAAAAUUCGACAACGCAAAAGAGCUUAUAGAAAGGUCAAACGCACUAAAAAUCUGAUACAUUGGACUAAGUUUUGCGGAUUGCGCAAUGAAGUUGUCGCUCUGAUUCGGGGUUCAAAAUUGAAGUACUUUGACUCACUUGCUUCGAAAUUUAAAAUCAAUGACCUAAGUUCUAGUGAUUGGUGGAAAACACUUAAGUCAUUAAUCACUCCAGCUAAAUUACAAGGCUUUCCUCAAAUAUGUCCUUCACACCUCCGUUGACGAUUCAAAACAAGUAUUACAUGAACUUUAUUUACUUGAUGUUGAUUCUAAAUUUGGUAUGAUUAAUAUCGUACCUUCCAAAGUCAAAGAUGCUAUAAGUAAUCCCUUUUUUGGUAACGCAUUUUGGCCCUAUAGCAAUGAUAAUCGUAUUCUACUUCGGUCGGUCAAGCAUCAAUAAGAUCACUUAGAAGCGCAUCCGGUAUCUCUAGCCUUCGUACACACGUCACUUAUUAUGAAUUCAUUCGUUCCGUCAUCAAUUUAGCAUGGAAUAGUCUCCCAGCUAAAGCACAAAACAUUGACACUGUUUUUGGUUUAAACGCUUUCCUAAGGUCGGAUAAUUAAAAGCCAAAUAUAAUGUUAUAUUAUGAAAAACGUCGAUAACAAGUCAUUCAUACUCGCUUACGAAAUUAAUGCAGUUCUUUGAACCAUCACCACUUGGUUAAAGAUAUUGUUCUCUCACCUUUCUGUUCGCGUGGAAUUCAGGAGACAACGUAUCAUUAUCUUCUUAUCUGUUCUCGUUAUACUGACCAAAGGAGACUAAUAGUCAACUCGGUGGAAACUCAUAUCCAACUAUUUAUAUCUGCACUCACCCAUAAUUGUCUCCUUUCAUGUGAUAAUCAGCACUAACAAUCAGGUCUCAAUGAAGAAUAGGCAAUAGAAGCAUUUCAUUUAAAUCAACCACCCUACCAUAUUUCUUCUCUUUCAUGCUCUUUAAUUUUUUUUAUUUUGUUCUCAACCAAAGUCAACGACUUUUGCAUUCGAUUAGUGGAAAUAGACUACGAUUACUUUAGCAUUGUUAAUUAGUAAAAAUAAUUACACAAAGUUGUUAAACUUUUAGCUACUAUCUAAUCCGUGUACAUCGUCUGUAAAUACAUUAUCUUUACAUAUUUAAUAAUAUUCAAUAAAGCCAAAUAAUGUUUUACAGUUAACUUAAAUGCAACUUUUUAACUAUUAAAUUCAACAGUAUAAAUCUCAUUGUGUCCUCUACAUUGUAAGCUGUACAAAUGUCCGUCACUAACUAUGUACUUUUGCUAAGGUUUGGAGAAGAACUUUUUAAAAUAUAUUUAUCUUUCGUUCUAAUCCUUAUUUCUAGAUUGAGUAUGUGUUUUCUGUUUGUUUUUAUGUGAUGAAUGUCUACGCUGAUUAAUAACAUACGUUUAAACCAAUAUUUGAAGAUCCCUUAGGACCAGGGUUUUUAAACUUUGUAGUCAAGAUGGUUAAGACCUGCAAAUAUAGCUUUUUGAUUUUGAGGUCAGUUGGUCAAACCUCAAUUUACUGGUGACCUUAAGAAUACCUACAGCUGACAAUUGGUUUCAAACUUUGUAGGCCGGUUGGUCAUGGCCACCAGAUGAAUCCAAGUGUUUUGGUGUGAGGAAAAUUCAAGGUCGUUGUUACCAUGAGCUAUAAAUACGCCUUCCCACAUUAAUAUUUGUAAAAGCAAAGGCCUAGAGUCCUCAAACUUGGUAGAGGUCCCUUAUACAUGACCCACACUAGUCCAGCAAAUGUUUUGACGUCAGUUGGUCAAAGGUCAAGGUCGUCCCUUUUCGCUGAAAAUCCAAUUUCGUUCAAUGACUAUAAAUAUUAGGUGUCUUUGGUGAUUUACAUCAACAUUAAUUUUGUUCCUUAUUGUUAUAGUGGUGCAGUUGUGGUCUCGUUUAAUGUGAUUUGAAAAAAGGGAGUUAAUUAUACUCUUACUAUAGUCCGAAGUGUAAUAUAUUCUUCACGUGCAGGUUCGUUUUGACAUUUUUGAUACGAUUGAUAAAAGUGCAUUUGUGAUAUUUUCUGUACAAAGUAGUGGACUCUGCAAUAGCAUUGAAACAUAAUGAGCGAUUGUGGUCUUUUUUAUGUAAAAAACAUUGUAAGCUUGUGUCUCUGUCUUUUGUCAAGAGGUCCAAUCUUUUAAAUCGUUUUUACAACAAUAAGUAAUACUAGUAUUGAAUGAGGACACCAUAAAUUUGUUUCAUGACUUAUAUUUGUUGACGUUUCCUUUUGCAUGAAUGAAAUCAUCAAACUAUAGUCUGAUUUCCAUCUUGCAUAUUUUCAGAAAUAUAAGUAAUGAUAUGAAUUAAUGUUUGUUUUAGUAUGUUUUGAUUUAUUAUACUCAUUGUGUAAUUAUUGAUAAAUACUAAUUUUGAAACAACUGAAGUUAUAUUUUCCGGGAAACACUCGUUUGCAUGCUACAGUGUGAACGUUUGGAACUUUUAACCAGUAAGGAAUACGUAAAUCUAACACGGAAAGCCAUUUAAAGCCUGCUGCAAGAAGUUCUUUUUUUCAUCACCGAUUGCGAAAACUUUUGUAAAGAUUGUAUGCAUUAUUCCAUGCAUAUAGUUUAUACAUUAUGUAAGGUGUUAAUACAUGUGUGAUUGUCCUACUUACUUCUUUAUUUUAAUGAGAUUUCUUUUUAACAUUUAGGUACAAAUUGAUGUAUUGUUAUUGAUCUGUUAAAUUGGUGUAUCAUAUUUAUGUUUCAUUAUGUUUUCGUAUUAAUAUUUUAAUAUAUUUAUACUGUUUGAAAUAACAUCAAUAUAUGCUUACGUUUUCAUUAUUGGCAUAUUUUCAUGUCAAAACCAUCAUUUUUUUUCCAGUUUUAGGUCAUGAUAAAAAAUGUAAUGAUGCUUUUUAAACAAUAUGUAUCCUUGCGGAAGUGAAAUGUGUUUUCACAUAUGUGUUUGAUUAUAAUUGCAUUACUUCUUUUAGUGUCAUUCUAUUUUAUUGUAUG